CUUUGACGUCUCUCUUCCCGAAACACAAACACUCACUCACUCUCUCUCUCUCUCUGACUCACUCACACUUUCUCUCUCUAGCGCACAGCUUGCAAACGUUCUUUCUCUCUCUAAUCUCUCUCUUUGUCUGUCUUUCAUGGUCUGGGAUCUCGAUAAACCCUAAAGUUUCAACACUGGUACUUCACUCACCACCAUUACUGUUAACCCCAAUCACAGAUCAGAUCUGUAAACAUUGCUAUUGCUACUCUUAAAGUUAUGCAGUUUUAGGCAAAUGGCCAGCUCCGACCCGACCAAACGUCCCCGACCCGGUCCAUGGCCUCCCGCGCCGGAAUCCACUGCAUUGCCACCGUCUUCUUGGGCUAAGCGCACCGGCUUCCGCCCCAAAUUCUCCGGCGAGACCAAUGCCACCGAUUCGGGCCAAAUUGCGCCCCACCCCAAGCCCAGAGAGCCCGAUUCCCAGCCCGAUCUUGAAUCGGGCCGAGCUCGGCCUGUUGCUCCGCCGCCGGCGAAUGGUGAGCUGGAGGGAGAGAAGGUGACGGCGGCCGUGGCGGUGGAGAAGGAUCAGCCGGUGAAGAGGAGGAGGGAUUCGGACGGUGGAGCACCGAAGAGUUCGGGCCCAAAUGGGCAGGCUACGGCGACGGUGGAGCCAACUCAGCCGCCGAGCCGGAGGCCGGUGAGGAGUGAGGAAGUUUUGGAUGUAUUGCCUCAAACAGUUAGUGAUGAUGGAUUUGCCUCUCGUCACUCACAUAUGAAGUAUGAACUCAGAGACACACCUGGUCUUGUUCCAAUUGGCCUAUAUGGAUUUCAACAUUAUAUUUCAAUGUUGGGUUCGUUGGUUCUUAUUCCACUCGUCAUAGUUCCAGCAAUGGGUGGUACUUAUGAAGAUACGGCUAAUGUGGUCUCUACUGUGCUCUUUGUAUCGGGAGUCACUACGCUUCUGCAUACGUCGUUUGGAUCAAGGUUGCCCCUUAUACAGGGUCCAUCAUUUGUAUAUCUUGCUCCAGCACUUGCGAUAAUUAACUCUCCUGAGUUUCUGGGACUGAAUGGAAAUAAUUUCAAGCAUAUUAUGAAGGAGCUUCAGGGGGCUAUAAUUAUAUCUUCAGCUUUUCAGGCAAUACUGGGGUAUAGUGGACUGAUGACACUAUUUUUGAGGUUGAUUAAUCCAGUUGUUGUGGCCCCAACUAUUGCUGCUGUUGGACUUUCUUUCUACAGUUAUGGUUUUCCACGAGUUGGUACAUGUCUUGAGAUUGGUGCAGUGCAGAUAUUACUGGUUAUUAUUUUCUCUCUUUACCUUCGAAAGAUAUCCGUUCUUGGUCAUCGUGUAUUUCUCAUAUAUGCGGUUCCGUUGGGUCUUGCAAUCACAUGGGCUGCUGCUUUUCUUCUGACUGAAGCAGGAGCCUAUAGUUACAAAGGUUGUGAUGUAAAUGUACCAGUGUCAAAUAUAAUAUCGGAGCACUGCAGAAAUCAUAUUUCCAGGAUGAAGCAAUGUCGAGUUGAUACUUCUCAGGCAUUAAAAUCUGCCCCAUGGUUUAGAUUUCCUUACCCACUACAAUGGGGUACACCUGUCUUCCAGUGGAAAAUGGCUCUUGUUAUGUGUGUGGUGUCGUUGAUAUCAUCAGUGGAUUCGGUUGGCUCAUACCACGCAGCAUCCUUGUUGGUAGCAUCCAGACCUCCGACUCCAGGUGUUUUAAGUCGAGGAAUUGGUCUUGAAGGUCUUUCUAGUAUAUUGGCUGGUCUUUGGGGAACAGGAACUGGGUCCACAACUUUAACUGAAAAUGUGCACACUAUUGCUGUGACUAAAAUGGGAAGCCGCAGGGCAGUUGAGUUGGGUGCAAUCAUGUUGAUUGUCUUAUCCCUUGUAGGUAAAGUUGGAGGGUUUAUUGCUUCAAUUCCUGAAGUCAUGGUUGCAGCUCUACUGUGCUUUAUGUGGGCAAUGCUUACAGCAUUGGGCUUGUCAAAUCUACGUUAUAGUGAGGCAGGAAGCUCUAGGAACAUUAUCAUAGUUGGGUUGUCUUUAUUUUUUUCCCUUUCAAUACCAGCCUACUUUCAGCAAUAUGGCAUUUCUCCAAAUACCAAUUUGUCCGUUCCAAGUUAUUUUCAGCCAUACAUUGUGGCAUCUCACGGUCCUUUUCGCACUAAAUAUGGAGGGCUGAACUAUGUCGUGAACACAGUACUGUCAUUUCACAUGGUGAUUGCACUUUUAAUAGCCAUAAUCCUGGAUAACACCGUACCGGGUAGUCGGCAGGAACGUGGUGCUUAUGUUUGGUCUGAACCCGAGGCUGCAAGACGGGAGCCUGCUGUUGCCAAAGACUACGAGUUGCCCUUCAGAGUUGGGCGAGUUUUCAGAUGGGUGAAAUGGGUUGGGCUUUGAGACAUGAGGUUCUUUUUUUUCUUAAUUCUUUUUUUUUUUUUUUUGGGUUAGCCAUUGUUGGAUUGUCAAUUAAGCUCAUCAAAAGCUGUUUCUUGGUAGAUUGUGUCGUGUUGUGAUUCUAAAUUAAUUAAGCUUAGCUCAUAUAGUAAAAUCGACCUCUGUAAACUGUUUUAUUCUUUUUCUUUUCCCUUUUUUUGUUCAUCUUCCCGUCUUGGACGGUGGGUCAAUAGAUCUCAUAGGGAUGAGUUAUUUUGUGUACAUUGGAGGAUAUUUUGUGGGUGGGGUUUUGGGGUAAACUACUUUGUGUUGUAAUUCUAAAAUUGUAAACCAUGUAUGUAGUUUUGAGUCAUUGAGAGUGACCAUACGGACCAUUUUUACUUGCAUGUCGACCCGGCAACCCUUGAGAAACGGCCAGUCAUAAUAUUUUUAUUUGAUUUUACCAGUCAUCUAUAUUUGGGAAGUGUUUAGAUUAUUAAUGAAAACAUAGUUGUUGAUAGUAAAGAGGCAAAGACCUUAAAAGUGGAA